UCGAUCAUCAUUCACAUGACGCAACACAAAUCUUUUUCUCACUUUUGCCUCACAAGUUAUUAUUAAAGUAUUUAGAAAAGAAACAAAAACAAAAUAUAGAGAGCUGCGAAUUCGGCUGCCAUGUAAGCAUAAACACAACACAAAGCAUGAUUGUUGUGUCAGAAGACUAGCUUUUGUGGCUCUAUAUAAGAGACACUAUCUUCAUUUUGUUCUCUUUGUCCCUCUCUACCUUUCAUACAAAUCUCUCUCCCUUACAAACAUAUAAACACACUUCACAUCUUCUUCACCCGAUUCCAACACUCUUACCUAAAGAGCAAGGUUUAUCGAAAUGGAGAGGCUAAACUCGAAGCUUUACCUGCAAAACUGUUUUAUAAUAAAGGAGAAUGAGAGGUUGAGGAAGAAAGCUCAGAUUCUGAACCAGGAGAAUCAACAGCUUCUCUUGGAGCUCAAACAGAAGCUCUCCAAAACCAAGAACUCUAAUGGAUCAAAUCAAGGAAGCAACAGCAACCUCUCUUCGUCAAGUUCUGCUUCUGGACAAUCCUGAUUAUGCAGCAAAACUCUUAGGACAAGAAUUGGAUAUGGUAGACCGGAAAAUCAUCAUGACCCUCCCAGCUCAAUUAGAAGAACCCAUAUUAUCUUAUUUCUUUUUUUUAUUAGUGUAAUAUUAGAAAAUGGUUAGUGGUGUUAUUAAGGUUAUCAACUAGUUUUAUUGUUGUUUAAUUUUAUUUUAAUUUGUGGGUUCUUCUAGUUUAUUUACUACAAAAAGGACAAAAGUGUAGUGUCUCUCUGCCUAUCUUCUCAGAGGGAUAUUUUACUUUUGUUUCCAUUUGUAUGUUAAUUAGAUUUUCUUUGUUGCCUUUUUCAUGUGGGGUUGGUUUUUUAGGAUUUGGUGGAUUCUGGGACUGCAUUGAUUGUACUACCUUCUGAUCUUCUCUUAAACAACCAGUAUCUUUAUUAUUUAUAUUAUUCUACAUUUUCCUUUGUUUAUUCAAGAAUUUUGUUCACUACUUUAUACAUGUUAGCUAAGAUAUUUUUUUGCACAAAAAAAAGCUAAGAGAUUUAUGACCUCAACCAGGUUUGUUGUCAAAGCAAUAUGUAAUUGAGAAGGGAAGUAUUGAUAAUGUAAUUUACAUGAGGAUAAGUAUUGAUAGUAACGAUAUAAGAAGAUACUCAAGAAAAGGGUUCAGUUAAAACAUAGGUACACUUACUCGUUGCUGGUACCAUUUUUAAUCACGUGAUCAAUAGCUCGGGCUGAUGUCUCAAAGCCUUUCUAUAUUUUAUUAUUUUGGGGUUUCUUUUUAAAACUUGUACAAUUGUACCGAAGCUGUCAUUUUCUUUUUUCAGUUAUUCAUAAUUAUGUUUUAGCACCAUAAAAAAAAUCAAGUGUUUGUGAGAAAAUUAGAGAGAGAGAGCUACGAAUCUCGAUGAUACAUAAAUAGUCCUCUAAGUAAAUCAUCAUCAUUCAUCAUAAACUCAGACUUGGAAAGUCAACUUUGAGAUAUAUAACUUUCAGAAAACUAUUCCCAUUUGAUCAUUAUCCCGAAAAUCUCUUUGGAAGAUCAUUGCACAUCAUCAUCUUCUCACGUACAAUUUGUUCAAUUUCUAUAAUCAUUACUUCUCUAUUUUAAAAGUAAACAGAAUAAAAAUUCAAUGAAGAAGUUCGGAUCGAUGCUCACCGGGCUGGCGGUGAGACCCAUUGGGCCUUUACCAAAACUACUUCAAACUAAUACAGAGGAGACUAUAGUCCAAUGCGGAAGAAACUCAAAUGCAUAGUAUUUUACGAAUUGACGAAACUACCCUCACUCACCUUCUUCUUUGUAGAUUCGCGAAGUCGUGUCUCUACUUCUAAUGAAAAAUUGAACCCUAAUUUCGAUUUCGAGAUCUCAAAUCUUGCGAAGAUGACGAAGGACUUCGCGAUUCCACCUGUGGUCUUCCCCUCCGGCGGAUCCACAUCCAACCCCAACGUCCAGCAACGACGCUUCCCCGCCGCUCCGUUCCAACCUCCCCGCCCCUCCUCCUCCGCGAUCCCUUUCAUGUCCUUCGACAUCGGAUCCGCCGCCGCGUCCUCCGCCGCCCCCGCUGGACCGUUCACCGGGACCUUAAACUCAUCCGCAUCCUUCGGAGGAGGAGGAUCGUCCUCCUUCGAGGACGAGGAGCCUCUCCUCGACGAGCUCGGGAUCCACCCCGAUCAGAUCUGGAAGAAGACCAGAUCCAUCCUCAACCCGUUCCGGAUCAACCAAACCGUCCACCACGACUCGGAUCUCUCGGGGCCGAUCUUCCUCUACCUCGCGCUCUGCCUCUUCCAGCUCCUCGCGGGGAAGAUCCAGUUCGGGGUGAUUCUCGGGUGGAUCGUGGUGUCGUCGAUCUUCCUCUACGCGGUGUUCAACAUGCUCGCGGGGAGGAACGGGAAUCUGAAUCUGCACACGUGUACGAGUUUGGUUGGGUAUUGUUUGCUUCCGGUGGUGAUUUUGUCUGCUGUGUCGUUGUUUGUGCCGCAGGGAGCGGGGGCGGUUAGGUUUGCGGUUGCGGGGGUGUUUGUGCUGUGGUCGACGAGGGCUUGCUCGGCGUUGGUUGUGUCUUUGGCUGAUGGGGGAGAGGAGCAUCGUGGGUUGAUCUCUUACGCUUGUUUCUUGAUCUAUACUCUCUUCUCUCUUCUUGUCAUAUUUUGAUGAUUUAAUUACGAAGUAUUGAUAGUUUUUUUUUUCUGGGAAUCUUUUGAUGGUGAUUAGUAAGGACGAAUGAUGAUGAUCUAAAGUUUGUUUGGUUUUGUGGUGGGAAUAGUGGAGCGAUGUGUAAAGGCUUCAUGUUUUAAUUUUAUUCAAUGUUUGUAUCUUUUGACUUCAGGAGUUUAUAUUUACAGAGUUUAUUAUCAA